AUGGCGACGUCCUUCGAUGAGAAACAUGGAGCGGAAAUCAAGGGCACGACCGUGACGGGCAGUGAGCCACCCACACCGGUACCGGGGAUCAAUCGAACAUGGUCGACGUCCUUCGAUGAGAAACAUGGGGCGGAAAUCGAGGGCAAGCCCGUGAUGGGCAGUGAGCCACCCCCACCGGUACCAGGGAUCAAUCGAACGUGGUCGACCGGCAGCUAUCCGCGACUUUCAGAGUUCAUGGGUCUGUGGCCUGAAGUAGCGAUCUUUCGUCGCUUUGGUGCUCUCAACGCGCAGAACCUAUUAUUUCUGCAGGCAGAGAUAGCACACCUCGAACGAGAGCUACAAGUCAUAAGAGAAAGAGAAGAGCAGGGGGAAGACGAAAGAGGGCUACUGGCUCAACGCUCAUGGUUCGAAUUGAGUCAGCCAACAGUAGAUGGCGAAUAUUCCCCUCAGUGGGCCGUCAUUCAGGAUAUUCGAUCCAAGUUGUCCGAAUAUAAUGCAUUUCUAUUACAGUACAAAGAAAUCUGUGCUCUUCAUGGACCCUCAAAGCACGAUGUGAAUUGCCUACGGGAAUGGCUCAUUCGGCCCGAAUGCGGAGAUAACUUCCUGGAGGGAGUGGAACGUGACAUACUGCAUCCCCGAGACGAACGCUACUUAGAAAAUCAGCGAGCGUCAGAUCUUGUGACCUUAUCACGAGAAGCGGUUGAACGAGACUUCUUUUCGCAGUGGAUAUCUGAUGAAGUGCUUGGCAAGUUCCAUCGGUGGAUCGGUCGCCAUUACAAGAAACCCUUUGAUCCCGAAAGCGGUCUCUAUCACUACCGCAAAGGCAACGUGCGCGCGGUCUCUCAUCUUGUGGGCAUCCUACUCGCUUCACUAAUUCCAGCUGCCUCGAUCUUUACACUUUACUUUGUCCCGCAUAUGACCGAUCGACUGGGCGUAAUUGUUGCGUAUACGGCAUUGUUUUCGAUAUGCCUUGGGGUAUUCACGACUGCUAGGAGAGUGGAGAUCUUUGCCGCCACAGCUGCGUAUGUCUCAUUCCUCUCGAUUUUGGCUUUCUCUGGAGUUUUUGGGUAUUUUUAA